AUGACUUUUAUGCACAGGGCCAGUUUUGUAAAUCAGAGAAUCCACACUGGGGAGAAGCAUUAUGAAUGCAAGCAGUGUGGAAAGACAUUCAGGUACAGUUCCAGUCUUGUUGUUCAUCAAAGAAUCCACACUGGGGAGAAACCUUAUGAAUGCAAUCAGUGUGGAAAGACAUUCAGUCGGAGCGAUUGUCUUGUUAUACAUCAGAGAAUCCACACUGGGGAGAAACCUCAUGAAUGUAAGCAAUGUGGAAAGACGUUCCUAAGAAAAUCUGAACUUGUUGUACAUCAGAGAAUCCACACUGGGGAGAAACCUUAUGAAUGCAAUCAGUGUAGAAAGACAUUCAGGGACUGCUCCAGUCUUGCCGUACAUCAGAGAAUCCACACUGGGGAGAAACCUUAUGCAUGUCAUCAGUGUGGAAAGACAUUUAAUCAAAGCUCCAGUCUUGCUUCACAUCAGAGAAUCCACACUGGGGAGAAACCUUAUGAAUGCCAUCAGUGUGGAAAGACAUUCAGUCAAAGCUUCAGUCUUGCUGCACAUCAGAGAAUCCACACUGGGGAGAAACCUUAUGAAUGCAAUCAGUGUGGAAAGACAUUUAGGAAGAGCUCCCAUCUUGCUGCACAUCAGACAAUCCACACUGGGGAGAAACCUUAUGAAUGCAAUCAGUGUGGAAAGACAUUCCGUCUGAGCUCUGAUCUUGCUACACAUCAGAGAAUCCACACUGGGGAGAAACCUUAUGAAUGCAAUCAGUGUGGAAAGACAUUCAGGAACAGCUACAGUCUUGCUAUACAUCAGAGAAUACACACUGGGGAGAAACCUUAUGAAUGCCAUCAGUGUGGAAAGUCAUUCAGGCACAGCCCCAGACUUGCUAUACAUCAGAGAAUCCACACUGGGGAGAAACCUUAUGAAUCCUUGUUCAGCAGUACCUCCUGUGAAGAGGAGCAAAGGCAAGUCCAACAUUCUAACUCCUGUGCCAACUGGCUGCCUCCAGAUGUAGACCUGGAAGACAUAGACUGGAGAACAAGGAUGAGCACAAAACGGCAAGCCAGUCAAUUAGAAGCUAAGGAGAUUGAAGAAGGGACUGCUAAUGAGCCAGUGCACAGAGUGAAGAAGCACGAGGAGACCAACGAUCCCUGUGGGGUUGUAUGGCAACAUUUUGUAGGGCUGGCUGCCUGCUGCUCACAGGGUAUGAUUAAUCAUCGGGGAGCAGAGCUCAUGCUGGGCACACGCUGGAUCAAUAGUGACGAUGACAAGAACGACGAUAGCUGGCAUUUCUGUAGCAUCUGA